AUGACCUCGGCCGCGAAGACGCGUGUGGCUCUCGUGGGAUUGGGCAGCGCUGGCCUUGUCCACCUGCAGUCUGUGGUGCAGCUGCCGCACACGGUGCAGCUGUCUUGGGUGGUGGACAUCGAUGAGAGCAAGGCCCAGCGCAUUGCUGCGGAACACGGGUGCCGUUGGUCCACAGAUCUGGGUGAGGCGCUCGCCGACGUGGAUGCAGUGAUCAUCGCCUCUUCGACGGACACGCGCUUUCCUUGCAUUAUGGAGUCCCUACGGGCCAACAAAGCCGUCCUCACCGAGAAUCCCAUCUCUCACAAGCUUCACGAAGUGGUGGAAGCAGUGGAGUUGGCAAAGAGGCGGAACCUGGCUUUUGUGUGCGGCUGCCAGCGCCGAGCCGACCGGCAUUUCCGGACGCUGAAGCAACAGCUCGACGCCGGUGCAGUGGGCAAGAUGAAGUUGGUGAAGACCUGCAGCCGCGACAACCCACUCCCGCCACUGGAGUAUCUUCGCACCAGUGGUGGAAUCUUCCGCGAUAUGCUGAUUCACGACUUCGACAUGCUCGACUUGUUGAGCAACGGCGAAGAGCCUGAAUCCGUAACGGCCAUCGGGCAUUGCUACAACUCGGAAAUCCAAGAGAUGAAUGACAUCGACACCUGCGCAGUCAUGUUCAAGUAUGCCAGCGGCACGAUGGCCAUGGUUGACGCCAGCCGCGAUGCAUCUUACGGCUGCGACCAGCGCAUCGAGGUCUUCGGGGAGAACGGGAUGUUGACGGCCCGCAGCGAACUGACCAGCACGGUGGAGCUGGCCACCAGCGCCGGGCACCUGCGACCGCCGGCCAUGUACAGCUCCUCGCAGCCAUACCUCCAGGCGUACCGAUCCGAGCUCACGGAGUUUCUCGAGCUCGUGCGCGCUGGAAGCGACAGCGAGGCGCAGGCGAAGGAGCAGGUCGCCAUGCUCCGGCAUCCUCGCGUGGUCCGUGCCACACUGGCCGCAGAGCUGUCGUGGAAGCUUGGGCGCACGGUGCAGCUUGCAGAGCUUGAGGCGAAGAGCAGGUUCGGCGACAGCUUCCGCAACUGUGGGAACUCUGAGCGCCAGGAGAAGGUUGCGGCCACUUACGGCUCGAUGCAACAGAAUCAGACAGUGGAGUUCGUUCGGGAGCAGCGGGAGGAAUGGAGGAAGUCUGACAAGGGAGACUGCACAGUGAUGGAGCCGAUUUCCAUGCUGGACGACUUUGAUCCCGAUGUGGACACCCCCAAGAGCAUUCAUGACUUCCCCAACCCCUGCUCGGGGGACACCUUGCCGGUCGGGUGCGCGCCUGCAGAGGAUACAGUCGUUUUUUUGCUGGAUCAGGUGCAAAUCUCAGCAGAUGCGCAGAAUCUGCCAGUCCUCCUGAGCGGCAAUGCAGCUGACUUGAAGAGCCACGAGGACGCAGGUAUGCAGGCUCGGCAGGACGAGAACGACAGGCUCGUCGUAAAGUACGAGGCUGGGACCGCGCUUGCAGCAGCCUUUGCUGUCCGUGCGAAGCUGCGAGCGUCGAACCGGACUGCAGUCAUUUUGCUACCACUCUUGCCUGCCAGUUUCUGGGCCUUCGCUGCAGGAGACCAAGUCAAAGGCAACACCUAA